AUGCCGGAGUUCUUGGUUUGGGAAGAGCAACGGCUAGCGGCCUCUGGCUUUGUGUCAACUUUUGUGUUGUCGGUUGGCUCCAAGAGUCGGUGGAUUUGUCGUCGACAAGAUCAGACCGAGCUGAACCGGCUGAAGGAGCUGUGCGAAAAGUCGGGGUUGGAAACUCUGCCACAGCUGAAAGACCUAGUGAAAAGUGCAAAGACAGAGAAGAAAGACUCCACUGCACAGGCAGACAGUUCCAAGAGUGCAAAGGCAGAGCAGAAAGACUCCAGUGCACAAGCAGACAGUUCCAAGAGCGCAAAGGCAGAGCAGAAAGAGUCCAGUGCGCAAGCAGACAGUUCCAAGAGCGCAAAGGCAGAGCAGAAAGAGCCCAGUGCACAGGCAGACAGUUCCAAGAACACUUUGGCAGAACAGAAAGACUCCACUGCAGAGGCAGAAGGUUCCAAGAGCACUUCGGCAGAACAGAAAGACACCACUCCACAGGCAGAAGGUUUCAAGAGCGCUCUGGCAGAACAGAAAGACAACGCUCCACAGGCAGAAGGCUCCAAGAGCGCUUUGGCAGAACAGAAAGGCACCAGUGCACAGGCAGAAGGCUCCAAAAGCACAAAGGCUGGCACCGGCAGUAGCUCCACCGCAGUCAGUUCCCCAGGACGCCGAGCACCUUGGCUGACUGCAGCUGACUGGAAGGGCUAA